AUGAGCGCGGCUUUCCAGCCCUCGCUGAUGAUGAUGCAGCGCCCGCUGGGAAGCAGCACGGCCUUCAGCAUCGACUCGCUCAUCGGCAGCCCCCCGCCGCCCGCCCCCGGUCACUUCGUCUACACCGGCUACCCCAUGUUCAUGCCCUACCGGCCCGUGGUGCUACCGCCGCCCCCCCCGCCGCCACCGGCGCUACCGCAGGGCGCCCUCCAGCCGGCGCUGCCCCCCGCGCAUCCCCACCACCACCAGCUCCCCAGCCUGCCCACGGGGUUCUGCUCCAGCCUGGCCCAGGGCAUGGCCCUCACCUCCACCCUCAUGGCCACGCUGCCCGGCACCUUCCCCGCCUCCCCCCAGCACCAAGAGGCCGCCAGGAAGUUCGCACCCCCGGGGAACUUCGAUAAAGCCGAGGGGAUCCCCCCGGACGGCGGCGGCGACGAUGGCAAAGCCUUCCUGGGGAAGGACGGAGCCCUCCUGCCAUUCCCCGCCGCCGACGCCGUCCAGGCCUCCCUCGCCGGGGCUCUCCGGGGCCAGGGGAAGGAGGACCCCAAAGCAGAAGAGGAUGCGAAAGGCAAGGAGGAAAGUUUCUCCAUGGACAGCGAUCUAGACUAUAGCUCGGACGACAACAUCCCCGGCCAGGCGGCUCACAAGGAAGAGGACUCUGGCAACGCGCUGGAGGAAAACCCCCAAAACCCCCCCAAUUCCACCAACACCACAUCCACGGGCAAAAACCGGCGGCGGCGGACAGCCUUCACCAGCGAGCAGCUGCUGGAGCUGGAGAAGGAGUUUCACUGCAAAAAGUACUUGUCCCUGACGGAGAGGUCCCAGAUCGCUCACGCCCUCAAACUCAGCGAGGUGCAGGUGAAAAUCUGGUUCCAGAACAGACGGGCUAAAUGGAAACGGGUCAAAGCGGGCAACGCCAACUCCAAGACAGGGGAGCCCUCCCGAAACCCUAAGAUCGUGGUCCCCAUCCCGGUGCACGUCAGCAGGUUUGCGAUCAGGAGUCAGCAUCAGCAGCUGGAGCAAGCCCGACCCUGA